AGUUCAAGCAAAUGUCAAUGUCAAAAAUCAGCUCAAAACGUCACUCCAUGUCAACAUAACCUAAACGUAAUUUUUCUUAUCGCCUUUAUUUUUUUAAUAGUUCGACAUGCGAAAACCAUUAUUCGUUUAUUAAAAAUGAAGAAAUUGUAUUUCCUCAACGCAAUCACCGGAAAACCGCUAAAAAUCUACCUAGUCUUUGUCACAGUGCUCUUCGUUCUCUUCAUCAUGUAUUUUACGUACUUCAAGCCAAAACCUGUUCUAUCGAAGCCAGCUCGACAAAUUUUCGACGAUUAUAAACAUCCAGUACACAGAGAAUCUCCAUUUGAGGGGGCUAAAAUAGUCCACAUUGAUCUGAAAGGCGCCCCUUUAAGGGUAUCGUACUACAAGACGUUGUUUCCCCUUUUAUCCAAAUUAGGGGCUUCUGGUGUCUUAAUGGAGUACGAAGACAUGUUUCCCUAUAACUCUCGAUUGCUCAAGAACAUUUCAGCUCUAAACGCUUACACUUACGAAGAUAUUAAAUAUAUAAAUGAUCUCGCACACCAGAAUAGAUUAGAAGUAAUUCCACUGUUACAAACUUUCGGUCAUUUAGAGUUUUUAUUAAAGUUAGAAGAAUUUAGAGAUUUACGUGAAGUACCUGAUUACCCGCAAGUGAUUUGCCCUACGCACGAAAAAACUAUGGAUCUUCUCAUGGAAAUGAUUGAUCAAGUGGUGGAUUCGCACCCACGCUCAAAAACCAUUCAUAUAGGGGCUGAUGAGGUUUAUUACUUGGGGUUUUGCGACAGAUGUGCCAACAUUAUGACCAAAUUUAAUUUAUCCAAAAAUAUGCUUUUUUUGGAACAUGUUAAUGGAAUAACAAGGCGCGUGCAUAAGAAGUAUCCUGACCUCAAGAUUCUAAUGUGGGAUGAUGAAUUUCGGUCGUUUAGUUUAAAGGAGCUGAAAAAUGGUGAUUUGAGGUAUAUACAGCCUGUUGUGUGGAAGUACUCGAAAGAUGUAUAUGAAGAAUUGGGCCCCAGUUUAUGGGAUAUGUAUUCUGACGUUUUUCCGAACGUUUGGGUCGCCAGCGCCUUUAAGGGAGCAACAGGUAGCAACCAGUACGUCUCCGACGUCACCCACUACGUUCAAAACCACCGCUCGUGGUUGUCGCUCAUGUCGGAAUACAAAAACCGCAUAACCUUCGAAGGCAUCAUAAUCACAGGCUGGCAGCGGUACGACCACUUCGCCGUCCUUUGCGAACUCCUCCCGGUCAGUCUACCCUCGCUGGCCAUGAGUUUACGCGUAAUCCUGGGCUACAAGGACUCUCCUCUAAGCCCGCCCACCGAAGUCGCCAAAGUCCUGGGCUGCGAGCAGCCCUACGCCCUCAUCGGCUCGGUCUUCGGAAGCCCUCGUUGCUCCUACCCCGGCGGGGAUAUUCUAGAGGGGGUGCUAAAACUUCAACAACUCAAGCAGGAGUACGAGAACAUUUUAGAGGAUUCGAGGGUGAAGGGGUGGCUGAAUGAGUAUAACAGGAAUCAUGAGUUUUCCAAUCCCCAGCAUGUGCAGAGUGUGACGGCGCCGCUGAGCAGGAUUAUGGGCGAAUUGAGUCAGGUUGACACUGAAAUUACGGCAGCUAUGUUUGAAGUUUAUGACAAUUACACGGUUAGUGAGUGGAAAGAGACCUACAUUAUACCAUUUGAGAGGGAGUUGAAGGGGAUGAUCGAGGCUAGAGAUCGGAUUUUGGCGAAGAGUUCAUGGCCGAGACGGCCGUUGCAGAGUUGUGAUAGUUGUAAUGAGUUGUGAAGAGAUUAGGUUGUUUUUUUAAUGGGGGAAUUGACCCCAUACUCUUGUGAUUAUAGGAUUUUUUGAAAUUUUUAUCACUUUUUGCUCAUUAUUGUUAGAGUUAGUUAUUUCAGGCUGCUGCUAGAGUGCAUUCAGGUGAAAAGUGCCAAAAGCAUCUCUUGGAACAUUAAUCAAUUAUUCUGAUCAUGUUGUAACGUGUGAUUCAGGUUUUUGAUUCUCUAGUCUAGAUUCUAAGCACUUGUUAUACUUAUUUUUAUUAUCUGUACGUACUUGACACUGAAAAGCUCCGAAAAUAUAAAUAUGAGACGUA